AUGGCACGUUCGAUCUUCAUCUUUAUUGUUAUUUUCGUGCAAUAUUCCCAUGGAACCAAUCGAGACUCCGUCAUGGAAAUGGCGAUUUCAAAAUUUGGGCUCAUUUUUUACGAUCAGCCACAAUUAACUAUUAUUGCUAUAUGUUGCGAGAAGCAAGUCUAUGCGACCCCUAACAACAACACUGCAAUCAACCAAGAAGCGAAAAAAUGUAUUUUUGAAAAUUCUGGAAACAAAGCUCUUCAGGCGAUUGCACUUUAUAAUAACAUAAAUAAUUGUCUCAGCCCAGAAACUCUCGAUUCGGUACUCGAAGACUUGCAACCAGCAAUAUUGGCCAACUUAGCUGGUCUGCUCCAAAAACUUAGAACAUCUCUAAUCAAUUGCAAGGCAUCAGGAGAUGCUAAACUAGAGACUUGUGCACAAAAAGUAUAUGGUCUCAUAUUGACAGAGUUAACUUUCAAAUACGUGGAUAACUUUUGCAUUAAAAUUGUCACCGAAAAUGCGACACCAAUUCAAUGGAGUUGUGGCAAGAAAUACCUUCCAAAUAUUCUCACUUUUAGUAAAUAUGAAUGUUCGCAAAGUGUUAAAAACUAGUGGUUUAUGUACUUUUUCUGUUCGUGUAAUUAUCAUUGAAUAAAAGUGUGUUGUUUGAA